UAUGAACAAGGAUCUGGAAGUUUCAGAAUACGAGGAUGCACAACUGAAGGAUAGAGAAUGCUAUAUUAGAGUGAUGGAUUAUAGGAAGCGGAUAAGGGAUGGAGCAAGAGUGAAAGGAUAUUUUGAGGCAACGCAUAGUUCGAGUAAGGAGUAUGGGAGGUUCUAGUGAAAAUUUCAAAGAAAAAAUUGCAUUUUUUAAUGCCAUUGGGUUUGAGGGAGCAGAGAGAGGCGGUAAUAUUAAUUACUUCAAUUAAUUCUAACAGCCUAAUAAAAUAUUUCUCAAAAAAAUUGAUUAUUCAUUUUUGCUAAAUAUUUCUCAUUGUUUGGAUAAUUGAUAGUUGCAAAUUUUGGUAAUUUUAUAGUGUGCAAAAAGGUAGGAAAAAUAUUUCACAGACUUUAGAUCAAAGAAAGAGGCGAGUUUUUGAAUAAGGAUUAUUCUAAUUACAAGAUUUUUGGGAGUUCUCUAAUGGAAGAGCCUCACUCUCCUCCUUUAUCCAACAGGGGGAUUUUGCACAAGACUAAAAAUACCUCCCAUCGAAGCUUUGCAAAUGAUUAUAAAGAGCUCAGAUUUAUGCCAAAAUAAAAAAACCAUGGUGCUAUCAAGCAUUCUUAAAGUACCUGCAGCGAAUUCUAUAUACAAAAAGAAGCAUAGAAAAUAAAAUCAGAUCGAGACUCUCAAACUCUACAGCCAGGCUUAACGACCAAGAACUGACGUCUCGCUUAAUAAUUAAAGGGAGAGAUAUAGUAUAUAGUUCAAGAAAAGACAUGGUUAAGAAAAAGAAGAGUCUUGAUAGAAAUACAGAGAGAUAUAACAUGGAUCUUCAAUUUCUUGGACUUAAACGCAAGACAAGAAAUCUUAGUAGCCAGGAAUAUAAUUCUCAAGCUAUUAAACCUGCUAAUUUUGAACUAGACAAAGAAAGUAAUGGUGCUAGCAAACAUCUCAACCUAAACAAUAACAUUUUGGCUAGGAUCUUUAACAAAUCGGCUUUCAGGAAGUUCAAAGAGUUCAACAAGAAUCAGUACUACAUCCAAGGAACGAAACUAUCUAAACUGAUCAGAGAUCCUAGCUUCUAUUCGUACGAUCAUAAGCUAACACAAUAUGUGCAAGGGAGGCUGCUUAAGAACUUGUAACUCUGCACCAGAAUUUUAAGGCCAGAGGUUGACAAGCAACCUAAUUCUUUUGGAACUGAAGUUCUCAGGGAUUUGCAU